AUGGAUGAUACGAAAGAAGAAGUGCCAAACACCAUAGUCACCAAGCUCUCAGCGGAUGUGAUGGUUGACAUACUAUCAAGAUUUCCCGUGAAGACCAUCUUGAGCUUCAGGUGCGUUUGCAAGACUUGUCUUCGCUUAAUUUCAGAUAAAGACUUUGCCAACCCCCACCUUUCAAGAUCUCCCCCUGGAAUCUUGAUCAAAGCCUUGCCUGAAGGAGGCAUAUCAAGUAUAUUCCAUUUAUUCCAGAUUCAUGAGGAAACUGGUAAAACUUUCAAGGUUGAGAGAAUGGAGUUUGUUCCUGAAACCAACUUACCAGCCACAGCAAAUAUUGAGUUGAUGAAUUCUUGUAAUGGACUGCUUUGCUUAUCAGGAGGUGAAUUCCGCAAUGUUAUUCAUGUUUGCAAUCCAAUUUUAUGUGAGCACAUCGAAAUCCAUGUGGAUGAUCAUAAAACAUGUUUGUAUGGCAACUAUUUUGCUCUUGGAUGUAGUGCCACUGGCAAUCAAUACAAAGUGCUGUGGACUUUUUAUCAAAAUGAUCGGCAUAGGUACCCUAAGGCUGAAAUAUACACAAUUAAGACAGGACAUUGGAGAAGCGUAGGAAAUGGUUUCAGCAUUGGAAGACUGGAUUUUAAUACCUCUCUGCAUGGUUGCAUCCACUGGGCCCGUUAUGAAACAAGUUUGGAGUGUAUCUGCUCUUUUGACUUUGAAAGUGAGCAGUUCAAGAGAUUGCCGGCACCUCCUAUCUGUGAUGAAAAUUUGGAUGGAUUCAUAAGGUUGGGGGUUUUAAAAGAUUGUUUGUCUGUGACAGUACGUAAGUGGGAUGCUCCUUAUGAAAUUCAGGAACUUGAGGAAGAACUCAGGAUUGAGUUAAUAACUUGUUCAAUGGUAGAAUCUGCUUCAGCCACAUUAGAGUCCAAAACACCCAUGAGGCAUGAGGAAACAGAGGAAAAUCCCUUCCGAAUCUCUAAGGAUGUUCCCAAUACCUGCCCUUCUCAGUUUCCCCAGCGACAGGCCAUCAACAUUCCAUUUAAGAGAACCUGGAGUAGGCUUCGCCCACGAUGUUGUAGCUCUGAUCUUGACUGGAUUAGUCCACUUUUAAUCUAUGGGUCCAGGCGAUAG